GAAAAGUUACUCCUGUAAAUGCGCAUAUACUGAUUGAAUGGUCACAUGCAAAAAUGUUAUUUUUCUUAUAAAAUAUAACUUUACGAAAGACUAUUUAUACGAUUAUGGUGUUAAGUGUGUCAAUUUACGUAAUUUUUCCAAUAAAAAACCUUUAUGUAAGUUUAUAGAUUGGUUGGUGUUUGCAAAAAUUGGGAGCAGAUCCCUUUCGACCAGGCACACAAACUGCGAAGAAGCACAACUUUUGGUGACAAUCGGGGAUUUCGAUCUGUAUACAGUAGUAGGUAGCUACAGAUUGCUUUACAAGCAUAGCUUGCUGUUCUUUUUUCUGGCAGUGAAUGAAAACAAUAAAGCAACAGAUGAUGCAGAGAUGGUAGUGGAGAGUUCAAGUGGAAAGGAGUUGACCACAAAUGGUGUGUUAGAAGCUGAAGGACAUUUGAAUAUGGAACCUUAUGUGGGUAUGGAAUUUGAAUCAGAAGAAGCUGCUAAGGCAUACUAUAGCACAUAUGCGACACAUUUGGGAUUCAUCAUGCGAGUAGAUGCAUUUCGACGAUCUAUGCGUAAUGGGGAGUUGGUCUGGCGUCGACUUGUCUGUAAUAAAGAGGGUUUCAGUAAAAGUAGACAAAGUCAGAGUGGAAAAAGGAAGUGCAGAGCAAUUAGGGAAGGAUGUAAGGCAAUGAUAAUUGUGAAGAAAGAACAAUCUGGAAAAUGGGUUGUUGCUAAAUUAGUAAAGGAGCACAAUCAUCCACUCAUUGUCAAACCUGUUAACACCCGUAAAGGCGCAAUCUUGUGUCAAACACCUGAUGAUAAAGAUGUCAAGAUCCGGGAAUUAGCAGCAGAAUUACAGAAGGAGCGUAAAAGAUCUGCUGCUUUACAGGAGCAGCUAGAUAUGGUUUUGAUCGAUAUGGAGGAUCACUCGGAGCAACUUUCUAAGAACAUCAGUGACAUUGUUAAAAGUGUGAAAGAAUUGGAAUCAAGAAAAACCGUCUUUCAAAAUGGCGGAUAGAUUCUGUAGCCUUUUUUCCUUCUUUCCUUUUUUCUUUGAAAAAUAGUAACAUACGCCCAUAAAUUAUUCCGAAGUCUUAGUUAAACCUUUUGUAUUGUUAAUUGAAACAGAAUCCUUAUACUCC